AUGCUGGGGCCUCCAAGAAGAGGCUACACGUUGAUUCGCAUCUCAGUGCAGGCAUGCAUCAACUUCCCCACGCGCUCAUUGAAGAAGUCAGCCAGGAAGAACCUCUCAGUCAAGGUUGCGGAGCUGCCGCCCGACUCGGUGUCGGAUCCGGAGCUGCCGAUUCCCGCCAUCUUCGAAUUCCGGAAUGGCGAGCUGUCGGAAGACGACCAGGUGUCCUUUGACCCUCCUCGCUUCUUUCAGACAGACUUGGAGUCGCACAGUGCCUGGAAUUUGGACUUCAAUGUUUGCGACGGGCACGGCAAUGUCAUUGGCUGUGCAAAAAUCGGGGUUGGCGAUCUUGCAAGAAGGAAUGCGUGGCGGCUGCUUUUGCAGGAUCCAAGCGCAUUCAACCCCUUAUAUACUUCGGACAUCACGAGCAGCCACCAGUACCGGAAGUUAACACGCCGCGGCGAGACCGUGCGCCGACCGACGUUAUUGCUGCUUGCGGUCGAAAUUCUCGGUGGUGUGCAGGAGGAGGACGUCCAGCACCGGCGCUCGUCAUCGUGGCAGCGCACCCGUCCAGCGGCGGGCAUGGUCAGGCCCAGGAGGCUUGAUGACCGGACUCGCGUCAUGGUAAUGACGAGGGGCACCCGUGGUGAUGUCCAACCUUUUGUGGCCCUGGCACGCGGGCUGAUUCUGUACCACCACUGCGAGGUGACCAUCUGCACCGAGCUCACGUGGAAGAGCUUCAUCAAGGAGUUCAGAGACGGAUUGCCUCAGGGCACGUUGUUAUUCCGGCCAUCGGGUGGCGACACCAUGGCACAGACGCGGACUGCCAUCAGCAAGCUGAUCACUUGGGAAGGCCAGCACUAUGAUUUUCUACAGUCGCUGAUCUUCUCUGCUCAGGAGCGGAACUUCUUCCCUUCCGAAGGAUGCUUCUACUUCUGGGCAGCCGAAGAGAGGCCUGACUUCAUCAUCUUCGGCUUCACAGUGUGCCACCUGGCUAUGCUGGUCGGCGAGGCCCUGAGCAUCCCAAUCGUGGGCUUCAUUUGUCAGCCGGACCACAAGAUCGAGGAGCGCCGGGACACGUCCACUCACAUCGACCAGCUCCUGGAGCCGACGCGCAAGGCGAUGAACUCGGAAGGCUUCAACGCAGCGCUGAUGAGCGUCAUGCAGCAGAUGUCAGUGGGAGGGCCGAGUCUGAACUGCCUGCGGCGGACCCGCGGGCUAAUCACCGUCCCAGCGGGACUUACUGACAGCAUGGUCCACUUCGACGAGCUCCAGAAGCAGGGGGUGCCCAUGAUUGUGCCCAUCAGUCCCGUCGCAGUGGGGGACUACGCGCACCAACUUCAGCAAUACAUCCUCACAGACUUCGUGUAUCUGCGAACUGUGAAAGAUGUUCUUGAUGCUGAGCUUGUGGGAUUCGUUCAUCAAGCGAAAGCCAUUGGAAGGCGAAUUCUGCUCAUCACCUUCUCGUCAAUGCCAGUCGGAGAAAGGAUGAUUCUCGAGCUGGCUCUUGAGGCCUGCAACUCCGACCAGCUUCUCUUCCCGCCGAAGCCACCUGCACCCAACGGCCCAAAGCUUGCCAUUGCGGUCAUUGCUAUGACAGGUGGCCAGAACCACGACAAACCCAGCGCGGAGUGCCUUGAGCGCUGUCAACAACUCUGCAAGGAUGGCCGCCUCCUCAUGCGGAGCAAAGGUGCCUCCUUUGCGGCGUUGUUCCCGCUCCUGGAUGCUGUCAUUGGUCAGGGUGGCCUGGGCGUCACCUCUGAGGCCCUGCGGGCCGGCGUGCCGGUGAUUACGAGUGGCAUUCUGCUUCUGGACCAGCGCUGGUGGGCUGCACGGGUGAAAGACCUCGGCUGUGGCUCCAAACCGGUGAAGGUUGAUCGCCUCCUCAAGUGGGACUACAACGUGGGCGCACCACGUGUUGUUGGCAUGCUGCACAAAGCACUACGGGACGUGAGCGACGAUGGUCAACAAACCUGGACGCAGCGAGCGAAACAGGUUUCCAUGAUGUUGCAUCGGGCAGCAGGCCCUGAUCCCGACGGCAUUCUGCGGAACUCGCAGGCUGUGUUCCAAGCCGGUACACAAGAUGCUGUGACGCUUGAGGAGUGCUAUGCCGAGGGCAGGGAUUGCUGCUCUUGCUUGAGUCGCCAAGCCCGGUGCUGCUGCCGCUGCAUUGAGCAAUGUCUCCGUUGCAUCUUCUUCAUGAACGUUCCAACGAUGUUGUACGUCUGCGUCUUGUUCGUUGCACAGUUCGUCUGCUGCCUACCUUGUCGGCGGGUUUGCUGUCAGGGGAGGAGAUCAAAGUGCUUGGCUGCCAAGGAAGAGCCAGAGGAGGAAGACUCCAAUGUGACGGAUUCAUGCGAGGAGACUGAGAGCGAAGACAGCUCUUCUGUUCCAUGA